AUGGCUGUUCAAGCGACUUUGCGAUCUUCUACUGGGAGCAUCACCUUCUCUCAAUCAGAUCUGCCUAUGUCCCCUGGAUCGCCCGCUGGAAACAAGCUAUUGGCCAUGUCUACCUCAUCUCGUUCCAGCGCCGAUUCGCAUGCGCAGCAAUACCAACAAAAUUUCCGCAACUUGUCGGCGCAAUUCAUGAGCCCAACGAGUGAUAUCGGACCGUCUCCCGUAACAUCAAAUGGCACAGAAACAACAGAAAUCGAAGACGAUGAGGCCGAAGACAGCAUUGGUGACCAGCGAAACUCUCAGCUCAUUAUGCUCAGAACAAAUCUUCCGAGCCACAUACGCCAGGCUUCAAGCGAGGAGGCGGUCUCUGUCAUCCAUGCGCCGGAGAGCUUUCAUUCUUGGAUGGAGACCAACUCAGGAACAACAGUCCAGCAAGGGGGCGACAGGGUCUCGGGGAUCAUCAGCCCCCCAGUCAGCGAAGCAGAAGACAAGACCCACCAGUCUCAGGCCCCGCCACCUAUCUCAACAGACGUGAAGCCUGUCAAGUACAACAUCGACUCGGCCACACCACAGGCCCAGACCCUCGAUGACAUCUUCAACGAUCCUUCGAGGCGUCGCUCAUCGAGCGCUGGUGGGCUGGAAAACAUCCCGGAGAGUCAUGAGUCUGACCUCUACAAUGAUCACGGUUACGACGACUAUAUCACGAGCCCCCAUAUGGACGGUGGCGGAGAGAUUGUUGCUCUGCGAGCAGCUCUCGAAGAGUGCUGGACUCUGUGCAAUACACUUGCAAACCUCAGCUCCAUUCACCGGGAAAGGGUAUUUAACAGCUCUGGAACCCCAGAUGCACAUGAGAAGGCCUGGAAAUGCUGCUGGAAACUGUGUCAGCGGCUCUACCACAGCCGAGAUGAGGCUUCCGAAAGCUUCAGUGUUGGGACCAACCUCGACCUGUGCCGCGAUUUCUGCCAGGCGCUAUUUGAUGUCCGCCAGCGGAAGGACCCGGGUGCUGACUCUGUCUUUCGAGUCUGCUACGAGCUCAAUAACCAUCUAUAUAGCGGCCAGGAUUGGCAAAAUCUGCCCGAGCCGUUUAAAGAACGAACGCUGGAUUUCUAUAUCACGCUCUGCCACCGUCUGAUGAAGCAGCGCAGCGAGCUGGCCGAGGAGACCGACUCGCUGCUGCGAGCGUGCUGGUCUUUGGCAGAGAUGCUCUUCAGCCUGCGGCAGAACUCACGCGAUGGCAAAGCCCCAGACGAGGAGCUCCUCGGAUCGGCUGUGCAGGCCUGCUGGGAGCUAUGCGACAUCUUCCGGGAAGGAUGGACACAGAUACGACCAGACCGUGGCACGCCACGUCCAAGCCAAAUCAACUUCCAACAGUCGCUGCAGCAGCAGCCGCAGAUGAUGGACACUGCUAGCAUUAUGUCGUCCAACAGCCGGGUGUCCAACCACUCGAAACGCGACAGCUUCCCUGGCUUACAGGAUCGGCCCAGCUCUGUGGCCUCGACACGGAAACUACGAAGCUCGCAGAUGCAGGCACAACCACUGCCAACACCACAGAUCCCCGAGACGCCAGUGACCGAAUUUGAGGACACGCCUGUCUCACCCGAAAGCUCAAGUCCGCAGAUGCCUAACAUCAUGGUGCUGGGAACAAGCAACAGCAGCAGCACGGACCUGUCAUCGCGAGGAAGCCAUGGAGCGAGUAGCAACGGUAGGCAGCAGUGGCCCAGCAGCGCAUCCAAUCUGUCGGGCUAUUCACAAGGCAGCAACAAGACGAGCAGCACCGCUACGACGGCGACUUCGGCUGAGGACAUCAAUGUCACGCGCAUCAAGAUGCUGAUCCUCAAAGCAGCCAUGAACAUCGGCUUCAGCCGGGACGCAACCGCGACUGAUGGAAAGGCCGCCAGCAAGUCACUACAGGCAUUCGUGAAGAGCCUGCCGCCUGGAUCAUUUGGCAGCCUCCCCGCACACGCCUCUCUGCUGCAAAGCUACAAGAGCCUGGUUCUGGCAGACGCAUUCCGGGCGUCCAACAGCCUUCCCAGCCGGGGUCGACGUGUGGCUGCUUCGGAUGCCGCCAAGAGCGUUGGUUGGAUGAUGCUCCGGUCGAAUCAAUACGGCUUCCUGCGAGAUCUGUUCAAGCUGGUCUUCAGCUUCCCGCUCGAGGAGGCCGAGGGCCGCAAGACGUCCAGCAUCGUUGUCUGA